AUGAGAAACGCGAUUCUUCUUGCCGCCGGCCUGACGGCUGUCCGACACGCGUCUGCUGCGUACGACACAACAAUCUGCGGAAAGACAAACAAGUUUACGAGCUCAGAUACCCAAUUCAUCUUUCAGUCAAAUGCCUGGAACCCAGUUGGAAAUGGCUCCUCCUGUGUGUCGAUCGACCAAUCCGUCCCGGCCUUCGACGCCAACUGGAACUGGGAAGAGGACAAGAACAAUGUUCAUUCGUUCCCCCAUGUCCGCUUCAACUCCACAAAGCUGCCGACCAAGCUGAGCGCCAUCAAGACGAUGCGCCUGGCGACGCAAUGGACCAUGCGCAAAGGCAACCCCGAAAAUGACCCGCCGCGCGACUUCGCCGCCACUACUUGGGCGGAGAGCAAGGCCGAGCUCGACGGCGUCGUCGCCAAUGCCGCCUGGGAUUUCUUUGUCGACAAGAACAAGACCAAGACGUAUAACCCCAUUGACUCGGAGGCGGAGAUUAUGAUUUGGCUGGGCAAGGUCGGAAACCCGUACCCGCUGAUGGGCGAUUCUAUUCUCACCAACAUCACCCUUGGCUCAACAGAGUUCUCUCUCUGGUUCGAUACCAACCAACGUGAUCAAAAGGUCUUCACCUGGGUCACGCGCGACGGUUCCGACGUGACUCAGUUCGACGAGGACAUUACACCGCUGCUCAAGUUUGUUCUGGACUCUGGCGAGAUUGACAGCGACUCAUGGCUUGGUCUGGUCGAGUUUGGCUCCGAGGCAUGGCACUCUCCAGAGAACAUUACCUUCAGCGCAGCUCACUUUAGCAUGGAUCUCGACAACGGUGACAGCGGUUCCAGCAGCGGCAGUGGAAGCGAUGAAAACGCGGCUGGAAGAGGCGCACUUUCGGUGUUGGGCCUGGCUUCUGCGCUACUGCUCUCGCUUUCGGCGUUGGCCAUGUAA